AUGACUUAUCCUCUUACAGCCUUAAGACUGGGCUUGACUUGGAAAAAGCUGAACAUCCCUGACACAAACAAACAUCACGACCAGUCAUUGUCACGAAGCGGUGCGGUGAGGGUUGGUGAGGCAGACGCAGCGGACCCAGUGGCGGAAGGCAGACAGACAGCAGUCCGGGGUGCUGUGGUCACCCCGGACAGCAGCCCGGAGCAACAGCAGGGCUCGCUGGACCCCAGUAGGCGGCACCGGACGGCCUUCACCCGGGAUCAGGUGUCCCGACUGGAGCAGGAGUACCGCAAUGAGAGUUAUGUGUCCCGGGCUCGGCGCUGCGAGCUGGCCGCAGCACUCAACCUUCCAGAGACUACGAUAAAGGUGUGGUUCCAGAACAGGCGUAUGAAGGACAAACGUCAGAGGCACUCCUUACCUUGGUCUCACCCACUCAUCAACCCACUGGGCACACUGCUGAUGGGUCAUGCUUCUCCAUCUUCUAACCUGAUUUACCCGUUUUCCACAUCCCAACUGCCCCACCUACCUUUUCAGCACUACUGUCCACUGACUUUUUCCAGUAUGAUAAAUGGUCCACACAGUGCACUAAUGAAGCAGCCAGAGCGUUUCUCCCUUUCCCAACAACACAACAAGCCUGGGGAGGGGCCUCCAACAGCAGUACUUGUUUAUCCCUCUCCUGGCGUCAUGCACCAUCAUGUCUCAAGUCAUUGCUCCUUUUGCCCUCAGUGGGGACAACAAGAUCUUCAUAAGGUCCAGUGGGAAAUGAAGGGACUGAGCCAUGCCAACAACUCUGCAGCCAAAAAACAGACUGGUUCCCUGCAACAGAGGGAAGAAAAAGUGUGAAUGCAUCUAAGAAAAACUACAACUGCAACAAUCAAAACUGAAAGAGAAGAGCAAGGCAGAAGAAGUGUUGACAUCAGAAUCUAAAACAAUCACAGUUAAACCCAGA